GUAAACUUUUUCUCAUAUCUGUCAAACAGCCGCAGCCACAUGUGUUUACUUGCGAUUUUUGACUAAACUAGUUAGCCUUUUCCUAAAUGAACUCUGCAUGGAUAAAAUGUCCAAUUUACUUGAAGUGUUAGUUACAAGUGACUCCAACAACACAUUAUGGACCAGCUGCGUUUGGGACGCGCACACCGGCACAAGUCUGAUGACUUACAGAGGCGGAGGGACGGCGGAGGCUAGAACCCUCACGUUCAUCGGGAACGACUACGUAGCUGCUGUUGAGAGAGCCAAACCAAUACUCCACAUUUGGCCUCUAAACUCCCAUCAGACAGUUCAAGGAAUGAGAUUCAUUCUGCCCGGCAAAGCCAGCGCCCUCGACAUAACCAAAGACGGAGCUUACUGUGUCGCGGGGAUUGACGAGAAAAUAUACUUGUGGCAAAUAGCUUCUGGUACACUGUUGACUAUAAUAAACCGCCACUAUCAGAAAGUCGUACUUUUGAAGUUUACACCUGAUGGGAGCCAUUUUAUAUCAGCUGCGGAAGAUGGUAUGGUGAUGGUGUGGUCGGUGGCCACGGUGGCCGCUCACCCGGAGGUGGGGCUGGUGUCGCAGACCACCGCCGGCCAACACGACCCUGUGUAUGUGCUGUCAGAUCACUCUCUGCCCAUCACUGACCUCUGCAUCAGUAAGACAGGAAUGCACGGCCGACUGUGCACAGUUUCCAGUGAUAGAACCUGUAAAAUUUAUGACUUAGCAACAGGAGAGAUGUUGCUUAACCUUGUAUUCGAUCUACCUCUAACAUCAGUGGCAUUUGAUGUGCUGGAAUUAAAUAUAUUUGUUGGUACCACAGAAGGGAAAAUUCAUCAGUUCAGUCUAACAAAUCCACCCAGGAAUAGAGAUUUGUUAGUUAAUACAGAAGAUAGCAGGAGCUCUCCUACAUUCAUAUCACAUACAAAAGCUGUAACUUGUCUAUCCGUAUCUCUCGAUGGUGAGACACUAAUGUCAGGGUCCAAUGACGAGCAGGUCAUACUGUGGCACAUUCGAAGUAGACAGCCAAUCAGAACUGUAAGGCAUAAAGGACCAAUUACAAAUGCAUUUUUCACAGUCAACUUCCCAGCCAUUUACAAGCAAGACUUCUCCCCCACAGUUGUUCUCCACAGCCUAGACCGGACCCUGGAGAAAGACUCAGAUGAUGUGACAGAAAUAGAUGUUUUAACUAAUAAUAAAAUUAGUUUCUGGCCUGAAGCUAAAGGUGUGAUAGUGGAAAAUGUUCCAGCCAAAAUAUUAGACAGAGAUCUCUCAAAGAAAGAAGCACAGUUAAGAGAAGAAUUAGAAAAACUUAAGAAGAUUAAUGCUAAUUUGUAUGCAUUUUCAGUUCAAAAGGCUUUGAAUGCACCUACCCCUGCAGCUCAAGUCAAUGGGAAGAAGAAGAAAAAGAAGUCUAAGUAAUAGUAAUAAACAAUUUGUAAUUCAAAAUAAAA